UGAAAAGUAGCGACAGUUGCCAGGUUCUACCAGACGGAGCAGGGAUAGUCAGUAACAGCUCCACGGGCUCGUGCUCCAGGCCGGGCACCGCUCCUGUGUGUGGACGGCCUCGCGGCUGCCGGGAAGGUGAGGGCGUGAGGGUGGGCCGGCAGCCCCUCCAGGCCGGUCCUGGCUGCCGAACGGAUCCCAAGGAAAGCCAAAUGCGCUGUCAGGAUCUAAAGUGGUUUUGGUCAGCACGACUUCCUGUAAAACCGCGAAGCAAGGGAAGUCACUGCACGCAGUUUUGAGGAGACGCACACAUACAGCAGACAGAGCCACGGUCGGGCCUCGCGAGUUCUGUGGGUUUUAUGGUGACCACGAGUCCCAGAUACUAACUCUGGCCACGCCCCCAGGGCCGAUGGGGUCACCUCAGGUACACACGAGCCACCCGUGCGCACCCUCCACACGGUCCUCCCAGACCCUCGUGGCCUGGGCUCCCACUUUGCCCGCUGGGCCUCGUGGCGUGGCCCGUGGCUUCCCGCUACCUGUGUGGUCAUCCUUCCUCCCCUGGUCUUCGCCCAGCCCCCGCCAGGGCUGUUCCCUCGUGUGCCCUUGUGGGGUUCUGUGUGGAGGCAUUACGGUCCAGUCGGACCCACUUGGAAUGAGCCUUUGCUGACCGACCGCCUGGGCCCCCGGAGCCUUCCGCCUUCAUCCGCGUCCACGCCUUCUCUUCCCUGCAAACGUAGCCUGUCUGGCCGAAGGCUGGGCUCCUCGGGGUUCAUGACUCGCAGCAGUGGACAGAGGACAGAAGGUGAAGCCGGGCCGCGGCUCCAGGGUGGCUCUUGGCUCUGAUCAGCCUCUUCAGAGGGGACGUCGGAGGAGCUGCCCUGCGUGGCCCAGCGGCUCCCUUCACUUGACCAGUGGCCUGCUGCACCCGUUGCCCACGGGCACAAUUGUAGCCACGUCCUGCUCCCGGGAAAAUGCCGGGAGUGGGGAGUUGGGGGGUGGAAGGCUGAGGUGGAUGUGCAGCUCUCACUGUGGUGGUGGCUGCUUGUUUAGUGACGUUGGUCGUGUUUCAGGCCAAGCUGGCGAAGAAUUACGGCAUGACCCGCAUGGACCCGUACUGCCGACUGCGCCUGGGCUACGCGGUGUACGAGACGCCCACCGCCCACAACGGCGCCAAGAACCCUCGCUGGAAUAAAGUCAUCCAGUGCACGGUGCCCCCUGGCGUGGACUCCUUCUACCUGGAGAUCUUUGAUGAGCGAGCCUUCUCCAUGGACGACCGCAUCGCCUGGACACAUGUCACCAUUCCCGAGUCCCUGAAGCAGGGCAAGGUGGAGGACGAGUGGUACAGCCUGAGUGGCCGGCAGGGUGAUGACAAGGAGGGCAUGAUCAACCUGGUCAUGUCCUACACGGCGCUGCCGGCUGCCGUGAUGAUGCCGCCUCAGCCUGUGGUCCUGAUGCCCACCGUGUACCAGCAAGGUGUCGGCUACGUGCCCAUCACAGGUGUGCCCGCCGUGUGCGGCCCUGGCGUGGUGCCCGUGGCCCUGCCCCCGGCGGCCGUGAGCACCCAGCCCCGCUGCAGCGAGGAGGAUCUGAAGGCCAUCCAGGACAUGUUCCCCAACAUGGACCGGGAGGUGACCCGCUCCGUGCUGGAAGCCCAGAGGGGGGACAGGGACGCAGCCAUCAACUCCCUGCUCCAGAUGGGUGAAGAGUCCUAGGGCCCCGGCCGCCACGCUGCCUCUGCCCCUCUCGACUUGCCGGCCCCGCCCCCCUCCCCGUUCCUGUGAAGGAGCCCCGUGUAGCCUUUUCUCAGCCAUCUGUAGCCCCAGUCCUCACCCUCGUUUGGGAUGCAUGCGGGUCGUUGGUCCCCAGCCGCUGAGUGCCACCACCGCUUGGGUGCGGGUGUGGGCGGGCCUGUCCCCCGCUUUGUCGGGAGAAGAGUGGGCACGUGCGCCGUGUCCUGUCCACACGCUCUGCCCCCUGCCGCUUAGGGACGUGUGUCUUCAAGUGCCGUGUGCUUCUGCUCCGCAGGCUGUCCCGAGAGCGCUCCGUGCGAGCAGCCUGACUCUGCCGGCGCUUUAGAAAGCGUCCCGUGCCCUCCUGGUUUGACGAUGGCAUGCGGUUACUUUACUUAGUUGGGGUAGACCUCGUGUUUCAGGCACAUAGAACAUUGACAGCCGAUUGGGAUGAUUUUUCCAAGUCACGCUUCAAAUUCACGUCCGUCCCUUGUUCCUUGCCUGUGGUCCGGGGCCGCUCACCAGCGUCCUGGGCAGGCUGACCUCUGUGUUGCCAGCCAGCAGCAGGCUCAGCGCUGAUGUCCGUCCACCCGCCCGUCCCCACCCGUGGGCUCUGGAGCAGGGCUGCCCUGGGGACCCUGUUAAGCGUUUUCCUGCCGUGUCUCACGCCGACUUUGUGGGCUGUUUUUCCGAGGGACUGCCCUCCGCUCCCUGACCAGCUCUUGGAACAGAACGUAAAACUGAGGGUGAAAAGUAGAAGGGGCAGUACUUUGUAUUUGUUUAUUAAAGGGUAUCAGGAACCGUUGGCUUACAACUGACGUUGAUUUAAGUAAACGUGUACCAGUCCUGCGGGUUCGGUUUGGACAAAAAAAUAGCAAACCGAUGAAUGUUCGAGGCUUCCUAGAGGCAAGGGGUGCAUGUGCGGCGCUGUGGACCGCGUGGCGGCCGAGGCUCCCUCCCGUUGUGACCACAGGAUGGGACAGGGUGGGGGACACCUGGUGGAAAUCUGCAAUGCGGGAGGGGGCUCGGGCACUGCCUAGCCCAGGCGCGUGCACGCACGCUUGCCUCCAGACGGUCUUGUUGCCGUGGGCCCCGCAGCCCCCAGCCGUGUGGCCCUGCGAAGGCUCAGCCUGAGGACCGGACUCCGUCCAGCCUUCGCUGCACGCGGGGCCUCCUGUCGGUUGGAGGGUGCUGCCGCCAGCGGCGAGUGCGUGGUGGCCCGGGGUCGGCGCACAGAAGCCUGAAGGAGCGUGUCCGGCCGGCGUGGCGGCCUCACCAGGCGAGGGUUCUCCGUGAAGAUUUGCCUCCACUGAGUCCCGACCGCUGGCUAGGACGUGGGAGCCCUGCCUUCUCGCGAAGCAGGAGUUCCCACAUCGGACGGUUUGGGCCCGCGUCCUCGCGCAGAUUCCUCCCCGAACGGGCGAAAGCGUCGGGCAGGCCUGCGGCUCUCACUUGGGGGCGACCUUCACGGACACACAUCCGGGACCCCAGGUCCCCCCCGGGCCCCAGUGCCGCCUUCCGCCUUAAAGCUGUGGGGGUGUUUGUGUGUGUCAGGGACGCGCUCCCCUCGGGGACAGGCACCAGGCUUGCUCACAGGGCCUGGGCUGGCAGGAGAGGGACCCUGAACCUGUCGCUUCUGCUCCCCUUUUCUUGCCAACACUGUGUUUGUGGCGUCCUAGAGAGCCCGCACCCGGCCGGCCAUCGCUGCCUGUGCUAGGCUGUCCUUUCCUCCUGCGUGCCCCGCUGUCCUGCGUGUGGGCUCGUGCCUGUGGCGGCCCGCUCCUCCCGGGGGACGUCACGGUUCCUCUGAAGCAGCCGAGGGACGUGCUUCUUGCACGGCUGUGGCGUGGCCACCACGGACUCCCACGAGCCAGGGUGGCUACUGGUGCCGGGGCCUCCGCCCUCUGCGAGCCGGUCGGUGGCGUUUCCUCUGGUGGCAGCCCCGGCGCUGUCAGGGCGGUGAGGAUGCGGUGUCUGUGCACGUGGGUCCUUCCCGCGGCUCCUUCGGCGAACAGACCCCCUCCAGCGGCACGUCUGCGGCGUGCUGGCAGGAACGAUCCUCAGAGCUUUCUCGAGUGUCUGUUGGGGUGCAGAGUCCAGAUCUAUCUUUGUAAAAUAUAUUUUUGCUUAUCAGCCUUCUAAUUUAAUAAAUGAUAUCUAUAAAAAUAGAGAAUUAAACUCCUCCAAUGAAACUUGA